UACCUUCCCAACUCUCAUUCCAUCCACUUCGAGCAUCAGCAAGAACAACCUUAAAAGUUUCGAAAACACACACACAAAUCUCAUCCACUUCCAAAUCUUUCCUUUCCAGCUUACUUCUUCGCUUCGCUCCUGCGAGCUGAACCCUAAACCCGAAACCUUAAACCCGUCAGCCAUGAAGAGAAGCAGGCAAGACGAGACCUUAGACUUGGUCAAUUGCCUAAUGCUUUUGUCCAGGGAACCCGAUUCCUCCCCAAUCAAACACGAGAACAUGAAAAAGGACCGAGUUUUCGUAUGCAAGACGUGUAAUCGGGAGUUUCCCUCGUUCCAGGCCCUCGGAGGCCACAGAGCGAGUCACAAGAAGCCGAAGCUGAUGCCCGGUGGGGCUGCCAACCUUUUACAUUUGGCACAGUCGCCGGGGUCGCUGGUUAAGCCCAAGACGCAUGAGUGCCCGAUUUGCGGGCUUGAGUUUGCGAUUGGGCAGGCGCUUGGAGGACACAUGAGGAGACAUAGGGACGUCAUUCAAGCUGCGGCUGUUCGGACUCAGGCGUCACCGGCGAUGCCGGUUUUGAAGAAGUCGAAUAGCAGCAAAAGGGUGUCGUGCUUGAAUCUGGACUUGAAUUUGGAUCUACAUUUGGCACCACCGGGUUAUCACCAAUAUGAUUUGACGAAGCUGCAGUUGAUUUCUUAAUUUGUUACAUGUUUAAUUUAUAUUUUUCUUCCUCCGUUGGCGUUGACAUACAUAUAGUUUUAGUUUUGAUGUAUAUUUAUUCCUACAGAUAAUAGUCAGAUUUUUAUCUUUUA